AUGGAAAAGGAGAAGAAGGUGGAGCAAUGGAAGGAAAAGUUCUUUGAGGACUACUAUGGACAGAAAUUGGGUUUGACCAAAGAAGAAUCACUGCAGCAGAAAGUGGGCCAGGAGGAGGCCAAAGCCAAGAAUCGUCAGUCCUUUCGUAACACAAUUGAAAGUGUUCACACCGAAAAGCCACAGCCCACUAAAGAGGAGCCCAAAGUCCCGCCCAUCCGGAUUCAACUUUCACGUAUCAAACCACCCUGGGUGGCUAAAGGUCGGCCCACUUACCAGAUAUGCCCCCGGAUUGUCCCCAUCACGGAGUCCUCCUGCCGGGGUUGGACUGGUGCCAGGACCCUCGCAGACAUUAAAGCCCGUGCUUUGCAGGCCCGAGGGGCGAGAGGCCACCACUGCCAUCGAGAGGCGGCAACCACUGCCAUCGGAGGGGGGGGUGGCAGUGGGGUCAUCGAUGAGGGAGGUGGCAGAGGCUGCGGCAGUGGUGAUGGUGGUGAGGCCAGGGGAGCCCCAAGCACCUCUGGAGAGAGUGCGUCAGAUCUACAGCGAACACAACUACUGCCGCCUUGUCCUCUGAAUGAAGAGCACACUCCAGCUGAAGCUGCCUUGCCCAGAGCCAGAGUAGAGGACGUGGCUUCUCUCAGAAAGGAGAGCUGCCUAUCACGGAGGGUCCCAGGUGUGCUUACAAGUGGGCUGGAAGAUGCCUCCCAACCCCCUAUUGCUCCCACUGGAGACCAGCCAUGCCAGGCUUUGCCACCACUGUCCUCCCAAACUCCGGUGGCUGAGAAGUUAGAGCAGCCUAAGUUGCUUCUAGAUGGUAGAACUGAGUGUGAGUCUGGUAAUACUUCCUGGGAGAGGGGUAGUGAGGAUCAAGGAUCCACUGUCCCCUCAGAGAAUGGUUCUGAACAGUCUCCAGUGGGAGAUGUAUUAGGAGGAGUAAAUGACCAGGCCUUUGAUGAUAAUCCCAGGGUAAAAGAGCUUGUAAAUGUGACACCUGCUUUUAGAUCUGAAUUGUCAUUGGCUAAGUACCUACAAGAUGAAUCUGCUGAUGAUGGAUUAGGACUUGGUGACACAGGCCCCCUCAAAAGGGAAAGUGAUAGACAAGAAUCUUUGAAUACUGAAGCUUUUGGAUCUGGUGGUGCUGCCUCCUGGGUACCCAUUCUGUCAAAUUAUGAGGUAGUGAAAGAGUCUGAGCCAGAAACCAGAGAAAAUGCACCAUUUCUGGAGCCCAGGGAUGAAGAGAAGUGGGAGAGAGCUAUUCCCCUCAUUGCUGCCAUGCCUGGGGAGUUGGUAGCCGCGGGUGUGCCCCACUCUGAGAGCUGCGCUUCACUCUGGACAGCACCUCCUCCUGGAACCAUGGACAGCGCUUGCAGUGAUGGUGAGCAGGUGGGCCUUGAAAGACUGGAGAUGAAAGGCAUAUCUGAAACUCCAAGUCCUCACCGCGAGUCCACAGAUAUAGCCUCUGACUCUGAAGGCCACCUCACUGAGGACGGCAGUGAAGUGGAUGCAAGUGAAGCCACAGAGGCAAAGGAGUUGUUAGUGGACAGGAGUGAAAAGCAGGACUGGGCCCCAUCCUCCUCACUGUCCAAGGUGAGCAGGAACCCAAGUGUGCUUACAAGGACAGAAGGGAUAGCGGCUUCUCAGAGCUGGGUCUCUAGAGUAUGUGCAGUCCCACCCAAGAUCUCGGACUCCCUGCUGCUCUCCAGUACUGACUGCCAGCCCAGGUCUGUGUGCCCACCUAAGCCUGGUUCUUCUUCGGUGGAGGUUACCAACCCUCUUAUGAUGCACCUGCUGCACGGUAACUUGCCUCUGGAGAAGGUUCUUCCUCCAGGUCACAGAGGCAGCAAGCCAGAAUCCCCACAGCUGCCAUUUAGAGACCAGAGCCAGGAUAGAGGUACUGUACAAGGUACUGGGGAAGACAAUCACCUAGUUGCCAGAAGUAGCCCUGGUUCUGCACUAGCUUUGAAGGAGUCUCUUCUGGCCCAGAGCUAUGCAGCAAGCACUGGUCUUGGCAGGGCAAAGGCCUCCCAGGCUCCUGGAAUGCCCCAGAAGAUUGCAUCGAUGGUUCCAAGUUUAGACUCCCAGCAUCCAGUGACAGAACUGACACCUUCCUCUGGCAGCCUGGAAGAAAUAGAUUCCAAAGAGCAUUUCUCUUCCUUCCUUUGUGAAGAGCAGAAAGAAGCCCAUUCCCAGUCCCAAGGCAGUGAUCCAGGUACUGCCUCAGGCCAGUGUCCAGGAGAUCACACUACCUCCGAAGUGCCAUGUUUCUCCUCUGCAAAUGUGAGCCUCUCCUUUGGUCCUGAGCAGACAGAUAGGACCCUGGGUGAUCAGAACAAUGCUGGUAGUCAAGAGAAGAAACUAUUUGGUCCUAGGAAUACGAUCCCCAUCCUUCAGUGCCCCAGGUCUGGAGAGCAGACACCACUACCUGCUGAGGUCCCUCCAGUUUUUCCCAGUCGGAAGAUAGAACCAAGCAAAAACUCGGUAUCUGAUGGUGUGCAGACCGCAAGGGAAGACUGGACGCCAAAGCCAUCACCUGGCUCUGCUGGUGGCAACAAGACAGAGCAGACGUUCUCGAGGGGUCCACUUAAGGCAGAUGCAGAGAAUAGAAAAGCUGCAGGGUGUAGUCCUCUGGAACUAGUGGGUCACUUGCAAGGGAUGCCUUUUGUUGUGGACCUGCCUUUCUGGAAAUUACCCAGAGAGCCAGGGAAAGGGCUAAGUCAGCCCCUGGAGCCUUCUUCCAUUCCCUCCCAACUCAACAUCAAGCAGGCUUUGUAUGGGAAGUUUUCUAAACUACAGCUGAGUCCCACCAGCUUUAAUUACUCCUCCAGCUCUGCCACCUUUCCCAAAGGCCUUGCUGGAAGUGUGGUGCAGCUGAGCCACAAAGCCAGCUUUGGUGCAGGCCACACUGCAUCACUCUCCCUGCAAAUGUUCACUGACAGCAGUGCGGUGGAAAGCAUCUCUCUCCAGUGUGCAUGCAGCCUGAAAGCCAUGAUCAUGUGCCAAGGCUGUGGAGCAUUCUUCCAUGAUGACUGCAUUGGACCCUCAAAGCUCUGUGUAUUGUGCCUUGUGGUGAGAUAAUAAAUUAUGGCCAUUGGAAACAUUGUA